UAUGAGUUCCUCGUACGCGACUAGCGGCCCGCCCUCUUCCGGCGGGGGUACUGCACCCACGUCAUCUCCACUUCCCCCGUCUGUGCAGCCAACUCUCAAAGUGAUGCGGCUGUACAAACCCAAGCUGUACGUGCAAGGUGCCAGCGGUGGCUCCAUGCUACCUACAUCCAUGGACGAUUCCACUGCCACGCAGCACGAGUUCGCACUCUCCAGUAUGCUCAUCUUACCCGACAGCUUCGGAGAAAUCUUCCUAGGCAACACAUUCAGCAGCUACAUCAGCGUCAUCAACCCCUACACCUGCGAGUUACGAGAUGUGGGACUCUCGGCCAAUAUUCAAUGUGCGAACGACCGCGUGGAGCUGCACGAUAACCGGUACGCCCGCACAGGCAAACUUCCUCCUCCUAAUCCCGUGGCAAUGCUACCUGCUGGCUCCAGUCUGGAUAUGGUAGUGGACUACCCGCUCAACCUAGUGGGGAAUCACGUUCUACGAGUCGGUGUGGCCUACGUAGACCCCGUCACGGGCGAGAACAAGUCGCUCCGGAAAUUCUACCGGUUUGCCGUGCAGAACCCACUGGUAAUCACCUUCAAACAGAACUCGCCGGCGUCGCAGCAACACGGAGAGGCCAUUGUGGAGGCGCAGAUCCGUAAUGUAUCCAAGUUGCCACUUUUUGUGGACAGUAUCAAGUUUCUACCGCUAGCGCCGUUCACAUCGGAAGAAAUGGUCGUAAAUUCUGGUGGCAACAGAGGAGAGCGGCCGUCAAUUAAGGAAUUGUUGUCUCUAAACAACGGCCCACAGACACUUGUGUACCCCCAGGAAGAGCUCCAACGAGUGUUCCGAGUGUGGUAUGAUCCAGCGUCAGAUCCAUCAUUAUUGACGACUCAGGGCUCCCAGAAUCUGGGGCGACUUCAUGUGGGCUGGAAAACGUCAAUGGGUGAAGCAGGCUCCGUACAGAGUCAACCGGUGGUGCGGAAGGUUCCGGGGACUUCUGGAGGUGGGCACAGCGAGGUUCUAGUAGCAAUGCAGGAACUUCCUACGGAGGUUGUGGUUGGACAGCCAUUCUUGGCUGCUAUAUCUGUGACGAACAAUACCACGCGGAGUCUGGCGCUGCAGCUACAGUUUCGUAAGGAAUUGAUGCGUGGAAUUGUGUGCUCGUCCGCGUCACAUCAGGUAUGUUCGUGA